UUGCUUGUCAAGAACACAAUUGGGAUCAACGGUUGAGGGAGUUGGUUGGAUUUUCUGUGUUCUUGGUCUCUGUUGGUGCCCAUCCAAUUUCUCCCAGAUUUCGCAGACCCUCUUUCACUGACCUGCAGAAGUCUCUUCGAACACUCGCCACCCAAUCGGCCUCCUUUGCGACCUCUCUUCGCUCUAACCCGCGUUCCUGUUCCUGUUCUUGUCCCGACAGAGCUGCUCUCAUGGCCCGAUUCUGGAUCUGCAUUGGGGCAACUACCUUUUUCAUGGCCUUUUUAGUUUUCCAUUUCCGGUUCUGCAGGUCGCCGGGCUUAGGAACCUUUGCUUUCUUUGUUUCCUGGAGAACAGAAAAACCUCUUUACCUUUUGGAUGUAGGCUGGCCUAAACAUCCAGAGUACUUCACUGGCACAACAUUUUGUGUUGCAGUAGACUCCCUUAAAGGAUUAGUAUAUGUAGCACAAAGAGGGGAUAACAUACCAAAGGUAUUAGUGUUCACAGAGGAUGGAUAUUUCCUACGAGCUUGGAAUGAUACUGUUGACACACCUCAUGGUAUCUUUGCAACCAGUACCCUAUAUGAACAAUCAGUCUGGAUCACGGAUAUAGGAAGUGGAUCCUAUGGACAUACAGUGAAAAAAUACAGCUCCUUUGGUGACCUCAUUCAAGUUUUGGGUACCCCAGGCAAAAAAGGAACUGGUAUAAACCCAAUUCAGUUCGAUAACCCAGCAGAAAUAUAUGUGGAAGAUAAUGGAGAAAUGUACCUUGUGGAUGGAGAUGGAGGACUUAAUAACAGACUGCUUAAAUUGAGCCAAGAUUUUGAGAUCCAGUGGAUUCGUGGGGAGCAUGGAACAGGCCCAGCCCAAUUCAACAUUCCACAUAGUGUAACAGUUGAUUCAACUGGUCGGGUAUGGGUUGCUGACAGAGGAAACAAAAGAAUUCAAGUAUUUGAUAAAAAUACAGGAGAAUGGUUGGGAGCAUGGAGUGAUUGUUUCAAAGAAGAUGGUCCUUAUUCUGUCAGGCUUACUCCUGAUGAGAAAUACCUCAUUGUUGCCCAGUUGAAUAUCAGUAGGCUCAUUCUAUUGUCUGCACCCCCUGUAGGGAUGAUUGGAGACUGUAUUGUGAUAAGCACAGUCCAGCUAGCCAAUCAAGUGUCACCUCAUCUUGUGGAUGUUGAUAGGAGAACUGGAGCAAUCUACGUGGCAGAACUUGGGGCACAACAAGUUCAGAAAUAUGUCCCUUUAAAAUAAAUAACUAUCUUCCUUCAUUUAGAUAUUCAUAAAUUUGCUUUUCUCAGGGAAUGGCCAUUGCAGAUAUUUCAGUGAAAAGCUCUUGUGAUUUUUUUUUUAUUAAUGACUAAAUAUCCAUGUCAGACUUUAUUGUUCUAGUAUGUUCUUUUUAAAAAAUUGUUUCAAGAAGCUUUGUUUUUAUUAAUAAUCAUUGAAUCCAGAUAAUUUAUUGGUACCACCAUGUCUUUGCUUUUUUCUUUUUGAAUAAAAGGCUAUUUUAAGGGAUUCCAAUGAAUUAGGAUUAAAAAUGGUACAUCAUUUUGGUGUUGGACCAAAUAGCUUUCUCCUAGAAGGUUGUUUUUGGGGUGGGGAGUAAUGAGAGAUAUAAGAAUUGAAGGAUAUUUUUAAAUGCCAUUUCAAAAACAAGCUGUGAGCUUCAAACUGAUAUGAUCUAUACAGUGAAUGGGAAAUGAAAUUGUUAAGCAGAAGACAUGAAUUUUAGGACAUCAAAAGCAUGCCAUUGAACUAAUUUUACUUCUAUGGCUAUGACGUAUCUCAGCCCUUUUAAUUUUCUAAUGUAGUAGUAGUCCCCAUGUACUUUACCACAAAAAAAAAUUUUUUUUUUUAAGAAGGUUAUGAGCUUUUUGCUUUUUAGUCCAGUUCCCUUAGUGAAUGUAGAAGGUAUACAAGAAUUAAUACAUGUCUACCUCAGGGAGGGUUAGAAGAAUUAAUAUGCCGAUAUUUGCCAAAAAAUUUGAGGUGUUGAGGUUGGUGGUUUUUUUUUCUUUACAUAUUUUUAUUUCUAUACCAUUUUUUCAUGCAAUCUACCAGUUUAAUGAUAACCAAUUUCUAGUACUUGUUUAUUCCAACACAUUGGUACAUUUUUUACCUAUUCCUAUUUUCCUGUUAUCAUAUACUUUGUACAUCAUUUGGCAGUAUUGAUUAUCUACCUUGAAUAAGUUAGCAAAUAUUUACUUACUCUCAGGAUAUUUUCUUCUGCAAGUCAUUACCUAUUCCAACCAGCCAUUCUCUGAGACCUCUAUUAGGUUUUUAGAAUCCUAGUUCAUUUCAAUGUUAGCCCAAGUAAAAUAUGAUUAAUAAGAUCUCUCCACAGAAAUAAUAUAGUAUACUUAAAAGGCAAAUACAAAUGAUUUUGUGAUUAUCCAUGCAACUCUAGUAAAUCAUAAGUUAAUAAUUGAUGGGGAAGCAUUUUGUUAGCUUUUCUUAUACUUUAUUUUAAUAUCUUCUUUGGAAUAUAAUUUGCACAAAGUCAUAGACUCGAUGAUUUGGAAUCUCAAUGCUAUUAUUCAGCACUUAAUAUAGGAGCGCUCUAUAAUUGUCUUAUAACUUUAAUAGACACCACUGACACCACAAUUAUCUUUGUGCACAGGGGUAUUUUUCCUUCCAUAUCAUGAUCUGGCAUAAAUUAUAGGAGAGUUGGUUUUAUUUCUAAUCAUCUGAAGGGUAUUCUGGAUGCGAAUGGGGUAGUUAAAUUUAAUAUUGCUUCUUUGAUUGCCUAGGAACAAUAUCAUCUACAAAUAGGAAGUGAUAUCUUUUUAAUUUCUAGUUACCAGACUAACCUUGUAUUUUUGCUUAAUGAUUUGAAAUUUCAGCUUUCCCAAUAAUCUUGCAAAUGCUCUUUAUAUAAAUAUAUAAAACCUUUGUAUGAUAAUGGGAAUGUUGAAAUUAGAAGGCCAAGAUUGAGUGUGGACUCUGACUAACUGAACCCGUGGUGACAUACUAACCAUGUGACUAAAGAUCCAGACUCACAUUCAUAGUAGUUGUAUGACUAUGAGCAAUUCACUUAUUCUUAUUGAGCCUCAAUUUCCUCAUAAAAGAAAAUGGAAAUAAUGUUUUUUUUUUUUUUUUUAACUACCUACCUCAGAGGGUUGUUAUGAAUAAAGUGUUUUGUAAACCUUAAAAUCCUAUAUAAGUGUGAAUUAUCCCUAGAUUAUCUUUGAAAAUUGUCUUGGCCAGAAUACUGUUAAUAACCCAUAAAUUGGCUCCAUUAUUGUAAUGUAGACAUAUGACUUGAGAAAAUAAAUAUGGGUGAUUUUUUUGGGUAAUAUUUUUCUUUAGUACCAUUGUCAGAUUUAAAACCUUAUAAACACAAUACCAAGUAGAAAAAAUUUUUGAUCUAGCGAUCUAAAUUUAAUCCUGACUAUCUUUUUAACUAGAUUUUGUGAUUUUGAGCAAGAUACGUCUUUAGAGCUUUUAUUCCUCUGUCAAAUGAAUCAUAAGAUUGUAGCUAUCAAGCUAAAAGGGACCAAAUGGUAUCUGCCUUCUCAUUUUAGAAUAAUGUUGUUUGGGCCAAAUGAGACUAUGUAGAUAUAAAAGCACUUUGAAUAGUUUCAAAGCACAUAUAUGUGCACCUAUGCAAACAAAAUAUUGUCGGUAUGUGAAUAGAUAACAUUUUAAAGCCAUGUCACUGGUAUCUAAUAAUUUAUAAGUGAAGUUGUUUUCAGCAAAAUAGAGCCCCUCUCUCUGGGUCUCAGAAUCCUUAUCUGUAAAAUGGGGAUGAUAAUAAUAUCUUUAGUAUUUUUCUCAAAGAAUUAUUGACAAUCAAAUGAAAUAAUGCCAGUUAAUCUCAUUUUGAAAUCUGUAUACACAGAUAAAUUUGUUGAUUGAUUUAGGAGGGAUUGGUUUGAAAUUUAUUGCAAGGAGAAAGAUUGUUUAACUUCUCCUUUUGUAAUUCUUCUCAUAUUGUUAUUGUACACCAGAUUUCUACAGAUAACUUGCUAAUAAAAUUUUUAAUUUAUCAGCA